AUGAAGCCCCCGACAAGAUCGCAGAACCGCAGUGACUCGCAGGCCGCGUCUUCGCAGAAAGAUCAGAAAUCUAAUACAGAGACUCAGACUUCGUUGGCGCCCCCUCCACGACCGGGUGCGCCUACGGCAACUGAUACUCCGGACUACUUCAGUUCUAUGCACAAUCCGUUCUCCCUCGAGCCGAAUCCAUUUGAACAAUCAUUUGGAGGGAACCCGGCGGAGACCCCAGGCAAAUCACUCCUGCCCUCUGUCGCCGCUCUCACCUCGCCGGCCCUGCCUGGAACAAGCUCUGCGAGUGGUUACAAUUGGUCCAACUCGCUUCGCUCAGGACCUCUUAGUCCGGCUAUGCUCCCAGGGCCGACCGGCCCCAAUGACUACUUCGACAGCAUCGGUCGCGGCUUCCCUACCCCGAACGAGUCCUCCAUGCGCACGGGACUGACCCCUGGUGGUGGAGGUUCUAUGUUCCCGGCUCCUAGUCCCAACUCGCAGGCUCUCUUGCAACAACUCCAAAACGGUGGCGCUACUCCUUCCACCAUUGAUUUCCAUCGCACCGCACUCGCAGCAAAGAAGAACAACGCGAAUGCUCCUACCUCUAACCCCAACGAGCAAGAACAAGCUGCCGCUAAGAUGGACACGAAACCAGCUCCACCUGCUGACUUCACCCAACAUGACGCGGCGGACGCCGCGAAUGGACUUUUCAUGUUGGCAAAGGGUGGUCAGACAAACAACGCACCCAUGAACCACGCACCGAUGCAACCCGAUACUCGCUCUGCUAACCGACGUGUCUCUCAGCACACCAAUGGCACCAGUGCUGAGGAUGGAUCGGACCACGAACCUCCCAAACCCGCCAAGGGCAAGGGCAAGAAGAACGGCAAGGGUGCUGCCAAUAAUCGUCGCAAGGCCGAGGAUGGCCCCAAGGGUUCCAACAAGAGGGCUAAAACCAACACGGCGUCGCCUUCGGAUAUGGAUGAUGAGGAGGAGGAUGAUGAUAUGAAGCAGUUCCCUAUGGAUACCAAGAAGAUGACGGAUGAGGAGAAGAGACGCAAUUUCCUAGAGCGCAAUCGUGUCGCGGCUUUGAAAUGUCGCCAACGGAAGAAGCAAUGGCUUGCUAAUCUUCAAGCCAAGGUCGAGCUCUUUACCACGGAGAAUGACGCUCUUACCACGACAGUGACUCAGCUGCGCGAGGAGAUCGUCAACCUGAAGACUCUCUUGCUGGCACACAAGGAUUGUCCAGUCGCUCAAGCCCAGGGCCUUGGUCCUCUCAUGAUGAACAGUCUGUCGACUGGAUACGAUCCCCACGGAUAUAACAUGCCUUCCAACAUGGGCAUGCAGCCCGGUGCCAUCCCCACGCAGGGCAUGCGUCGGGCAUAA